AUGACCAACUCGCUGUUGACCACCCUCUACUCUAUCCGCAACCGUUUCGACUCCACGAAGAGGGAUUGUGUGAAGAUCUUAACCACCGGUGACAUCAAGGAUCGUGACACGAAAACGACCACCGCGGCAGCUUGGGAUGUUGAGACGCAGAGAAGAGCCGUACAGAAACGAGUUGCUGGCGCCAUUACGGAUGUAGAGAAUGUACUGAAGUUGACGGCGGAAUUACAGACUCAGGCUCGCACCUAUCUCAGCUGUCCAGUCUGUGCAAAGACAAUGGAUUCUCCUUGCAUAAUUCAAGCUUGCAAACACGCCGUGUGUCAGGACUGCGCUCGCAAGGCCAUGGAUAUUUCGGCUUCACGUAUUCUCACGGGCUUGGAUGGAAUGCUCAACGCUUUAGUUGGCGUGCUUGGUCUUGAUGAGUCCACCUGA